GUUUGAGGCCAGACAGACGGGCCAAUAAAUUUUAAACAAAGGACCACGUUUCAGGACAUUCAUCCCGAGGUCAACAAGCAGCAGACUCAAGCCAGACGGUUAAGUGAAAGUUUUUCUGCUGCCAGUCGCAUUUCAAGAGCAGCAGCGACCAGACAUGAAUAAGCGCAACAACAUACGGCUGCCGCCGGAGGUGAAUCGGCUGCUGUAUGUGCGUAAUUUGCCAUACAAAAUCACAUCAGACGAAAUGUACGAUAUAUUUGGCAAAUUUGGUGCAAUUCGUCAGAUACGCGUUGGCAAUACGCCGGAGACACGCGGCACUGCGUUCGUUGUCUACGAAGACAUUUUCGAUGCCAAAAAUGCAUGCGACCAUCUGUCCGGCUUCAAUGUGUGCAACCGCUACCUCGUCGUACUCUACUACCAGUCCAACAAGGCCUUCAAGCGUGUGGACGUGGACAAGAAACAAGAGGAGCUUAACAAUAUCAAGUCCAAGUACAACUUGAAGACGCCGGAGGCAUCCUAAGAUCAUAAGAAUGCUAUGCAGUGCGACCAUAAAUGGUUCAUAAAUGGUUCAUUGAACUCUUUCCAAUUUUAUACAAUUUUACCAAUGCUCAAAAACUGCUUUAGAACCAAAAUUUGCUAAACUAUUUGUCCGAAGUUUUUAAAAGUUUUUCUAUCAUUUUUAUAUCAAACAUAAAACAUCAUCAUCAUCAUUCAUCAUCACGUAUCAUGCCGGCUUUUGAGAGCUUGGAGAAAAGUAUUCAACUCUCGGAGCUCGCAUCAGUCGGAAAAUCCACAAAACACAUUUAAAACCACAUCUCAUAAAAAUAACAAGCAAGAAAAAGUAAAGACAAAAAAAAUUGAAAAACUGA